AUGCGUAAUCAGGGAAGAAAUAGGCGGUCCCGUAACCACAAGGAGGUCAAUGACACCCAGCUCAACAUCCCUCGUGAUGACCCGCAGGUUCAGUCGUAUUCGCGACAUCAACAUCCGUCUCACUACAGCGACGCCCAUCGAUUACCGUCCACGAUGCCCAGUAGGUCUACGUAUGAAGUGGGAAGGGACAGGAAUGUAGCCCCAGGUCGAAGUUUGCGUGAGGGUGACUGGGGCACAAGCGGGAGUCACGACCGUUACGGCUACGACCUAUACCCCCCUGAACAUGACGCUUACGACGAUCCAUUAAGGAGGGAUGCUGGUGCUUGGGGAGGGGGCAAUGACGGUUACUCGUCUCGCGGAGGUUGGUCUCACUCAUAUCAUCAUCCUGAACCGUCCACGUCGUAUCAGGAUUCGUCAAAUUGGAAACCAACCUCCCCAACAGCCCACCACUACGGCAGCAGCUCGCACUACAAGCCUCCCGUUGACCCAUACAUGGAACCCAAUCCGUAUCUGCCUCGAAGCCCAACCCAUUUUACAGAACGAAGUCCGCUCGGCUACGACGACCCUCAAAGCUACUAUUACGAACAAUGGCGUGGGCGAGACCCACGGCCGAGUCCUUCCGACGAGAAAAUGGAUUACAACCAAAUCGACAAACGAGGGGCUCAGGGAUGGAGGAGGAGCAGCGGUGGGGGUAAGGGUGGGCAACCCAAGUUCCAGAGCGACUCUGGUUGGUCAGGGCGGAAGAAGAGCAAAGAAUGGGGCAAUUCCAAUCAACAGCGCUACGAUGAGAAGCAACCUGAACCACUCUAUUCGAGCGUAGAAGACAGGUCAUGGGAGCCAGCGGAUUCAUGGAAAUCCUCCAACCGCCACGAGGGCGGCGCCAGUACCUCCAAGCAUCAGCAGCACCACACUCCUGGUCGCCCGGGCACACAACAGCAGUCAAAAUCAUCACGCAAAGAGAAAAAAUCGGGCAAGCAAAAGAAGGAAUGGAAAAACGAAGACUUGAAUCUUAACAAGUAA